AACGUGAACUUUUAGUCAGUUGAAAUAAUGGACCCAAUUCUGAUCGUGACUAAAUUGUGCCAUAUUACCUGCAGCUAAUGGCACUUUCGGUUUCCUAAUCGAAGAAAGUAAGAAGUUCGAUUCCGUACGUUACUAAAGUGAAAUCAUUUGGCCGUUUGCUAAUUUAGUCAUCAGUCUUCUUUUGAGCCGCGAGGUUAUUGUGUACUAAAUAGAUUUUUAAGGACUUUAUCAUGAACGUUCUCUCAUCAGCAGUUUUAGUUAUUAGUGUUCUUUAUGUUUUUGGAAUUUUCCCCUCUAAUUCAACACAGUAUAAUCAAAGUGAGAGUGAUAUUUUAGUGCGAAAAGCUAGAUGGCUGCCCUUGAUUUAUCCUAGAGCCAAUCCUACUCGAAUACAGAUGAUCGUAGGCUUCGGUAUACCAGUGGAAGACCUAAAAGUAGAGUCUGUGGUAACAGGUUAUGUCUUAAAGGCUCACUAUUACUUGCCAUACUCCGCCAAGCAGUUAAGGACCAAGGAUGUGCAUGGAAUCUCAGCUCGAAGGUUGCCGCAGAAUGCCACAAUCUUCGAUAAGGUGAUGCAGAUGUCUGAACAAAAACUGGGCUUGGAUCCAAAUAUCCUGGAGGAGGAUCUCCAGGCUUGGGGCUGUUAUCGCUGGUCAGUCUACGAUGCUUUUACGGCAUUGGCCAUUCGCAUGAAGCUGAAUGGAAGGGUUUGCGUCCUGAAGAGCAUCUGCGAAAGUGCGAAGGCUCCCUUCGACGAUCGAAAUGGUUUGCUGGGCGAAGUGCUUCACAUCCUGCUCACACCUUCUAGUUCGGUGGAUCCUCUGUCGGAGCACUCGGACAACGAUUACCUGCAGGCCGAGCGAUUGGGAGCAGCUGGUAGCGAUUGCGAUCAGGUGUAUCCGAGGUGUCCCACGUCCCUGCUGGAGCACUUCAGUGAUGUGCAUCAUCUGGGCAGCGAGUUCCUUAGCAUGUUGGGCUGAAGCAGCAGCUUGGUAAAGCCUUUAAAUUGUGAUAUUGAUAUAUAUAAGGGGUUUUGGUACUGGAAUGCAUACAUUUGCUUGAAAAACAUUAAAGUAAUAAAAUUAAACAUACACUCCUUGAUUUCAGGAAAAUUGACUUAAUCUUAGCAACAAUUUCCUUAAAUGUUGUAUGGAAGGCUCAAAUUUAAGGCAAUUAUUCCUAAAACUUAGGCAAUUUUUCCCAAAAUCAAGGAAUUUAGUUUUCUGAGUGUAGGUAAAAUAUAUUAUCUGAUAAACAAAUUUCAAAUUAAAAUUAUUCUUGGUAAUCUUUGUUCAAAUAGUAGGUAUUUAAAUUUCAUUAAAUACAAUAUUUACAGUUUGUGUCAUUA